AAGCGUCGGCGGCCGCCUCGGCCCUGCCCGCGGUUUGCAUGCAGCUGGCCGGGUUACCGCUCGCCCCGGAGGAAGGAGAGAAGGGGCGGCGGCGCGAGCGGAGCCCGUCCCUCGUCAUGUGCUCGGUGAGCGAGGCCGGCAGCGCCGAUCCGCUGGUGGCCCGCUUCAGGCAGGUGGAGGAAACGCUGGAAAAGCUGCACCGGGAGAACAGGAGCCUGAAGAGCAAAGUGCCCCGCUACAACGCGCUCUGCACGCUGUACCACGAGUCCGCCCAGCAGCUGAAGCACCUCCAGCUGCAGCUCGCUGCCAAGGAAGCCACGGUGCGGGAGCUGCGGAGCAGCCUGGCCCGGCAGCAGCAGCAGCAGCAGGCGGGGGUUGGCGAGGCGGGGGCCGAGCCCGCCCGCUCGCUGGUGGAGAGCCUGCUGGAGCAGCUGGGGCAGGCCCGGGAGCGACUGCGGGACAGCGAGCGGCUCUCGGCGCUCAGAGUGGAGGCGCUGAGCCAGGAAGUGCAGAAGUUGAAUCAGCAGCUAGAGGAGAAAAACACAGAGAUAGAGAAGAUGAUAAAUCAGCCUCCAUAUGAAAAGGAGAGAGAAAUCUUACGACUUCAGAAGAGCUUGGCAGAGCGAGAGAAGGCUCAGGCCACCAGCGAUGUUCUGUGCCGGUCACUCACUGAUGAAACUCACCAACUUCAACGCAAAUUAGCAUCCACAGCAGAAAUGUGCCAACAUCUGGCAAAAUGUUUAGAAGAGAAGCAAAGAAAAGAGAAGGGGAAUUUGGACGACCAGAUUGCCACUGAAAGAUCUAAUCAGUUACAGGUAUUAGACAAUGAAACUUCACUUCAAGCUCUUAUCUGCAAACUACAAGAUGAAAAUAGAAUGUUAAAGCAAAAAGUAGCUCAUGUGGAAGACUUAAAUGCAAAAUGGCAGAAGUACGACGCUAGUAGAGAUGAGUAUGUGAAGCGACUCCACUUGCAGCUGAAAGAGCUGAAGUCACAGCUGGAGCAGCAGCACAGCACACCUUCAGCACAAACCAGUUCUGAGCUGAUGCAAAAGGAGAUACUCCGGCUAAACAAGCUGCUGGAAGAAAAAAUGAACGAGUGCAAAAAAUCCAGGAGAGAAUUGGAAGAUGUGAAGAAGGCUAGAGAAGGAGAUAGCGAGCGCAUACAAAUGCUGGAGCAACAGGUCCUAGUUUAUAAAGAUGAUUUCACAUCAGAGAGAUCAGACAGGGAACGAGCACAGAGUAAAAUACAAGAACUUCAGCUAGAAGUUUCAUGUCUGCAACACCAGCUAGCAAGAAGGCAAGAAGGCAAGAAGGACUCCAGAGACACAAGUAGUCGUUUCAGAGUUCACACUGGUAACCAGAAUCAUAUGCAUGUACAGACAAAAGUUGAACACCUACGAGGCAGCAGCCCAGGCCAACCAGGUGCAAGAAGAACAGGCUCACAGUCUGAACAGCCUUCCCCACCUGCUGACAAUGGAAACUCAGGAUCAGAGGGCAGGGCACAGGGUGAACUUAGGUGUCCUCAUUGUAUGAGAUUUUUCAGUGAUGAACUCAGUGAUGAGUUUCUCAAGCACGUUACGGAAUGUUGCCAAUGACGAUGUGAUGGGAGGCACAUAAAUCAAUCACUACUCUACAGACAGUAAAACUUGGCCCAUCUCCUAUACUCCUAACCAGAGUAAUUCAGAUGGACAGCUGUUAGGAACUAGGAGGAUGAACAGGAUCUACCUCUUAUUUGACUUCACCUUCUUGUGGACUGUAUGGAAGACUUAGAGAAAAAGCAAAAUGUUCUUGUGAAGAAUUUAACAGCUGCGAGCAACGCAAGCGUAAUGCAACUUCUACUACAAACUAAAGAAAACAAAAUGUAGUGGAAGCUGGCUUUCGACUCCAGUUUGACUAUUGAGUCUAAUUGUUCACAACAGUCUGAAGGCUUGUGGAAAAAGUCACUGAGCUUGAAAACAUCAUUCUCUUCCAAACAGCACAUGCUGAAGAAUGGAGGAGUUAGGCAUAAGAUAAGAAAAAUCUUCUUGUACUUUAUCUGGAUUUCAAGUGAAAGUAUUUUCUUGGAAAUUGAAGCUGAACUUUCAAACAUCCUACCUGAAAAUUCUUGUGUUCAACUAAAAUCUGGAGAAGUAAAGAAAAAAUUCAAGGGCUGGUUAUUGACGAACGCUAGCCUGUCUUUUUUUGCACAGAAACAAUGUACAGGGAUAUUUAUUUUUUUUUCUGUGCCAUAAAUAAUUUACAUGUUUGCAAAAGUAUUUGUGUAAUUAUUGACUGUAUUCCAAUUUCACUUAAGUAUUUUUAUAAUAAAAGUGAUUGUGCAGUCGC